AUGCCGUGGAAGCGCGGCCAGGGAAGCGUUGCCGAGUAUCCUCCGUCUCCCGUAUCACACCUCAGCCUACGGUGGGAGCUACCAUUGACCUCUGCCAACCCAAAUAAAGCAAGGUCAUUUCCACAUUGUCAGAUCGAGACCAUUACUGCAUGCAGCAAGCAGGCUUACGUGUGCACCGACUCGUACUUUGAUUCCAGCCUCCACCUUAUGGAUAUCAAAGAAUGGCCGCACGACCAGAAUUGCAAGAUCACCGGCGGCACAGAUAUUGAUUUACAAUCUUUUCACUGCGACUGGGAUGUCGCGUCUCCCUUGCUUUCGCGCCUUGCGAAUUGCAAUACUCUCCUCCCCGUCACCGUUCCACAAUUAGCGUUGCUGGUUCGUUAG